AUGCCAGCCGACAGUGACUCUCGCGUCGAUGCCACCAUCAAGGUCGCAUCGAAGAAGGACGGCAAGGAGAAGAGCAAGAGAGGCGUUUUGAAGCUUAAGAAGAUACAAUUGAAAGCGACGAAGCUCGGAGUAUGGACGGAGAAUAUCUCAGCUGAUGAGGAUAAGAAACUUAAGGCGACUGAGGCAUUACCCUCCCCCGGCACUAAUCAUGUCGACGACGACGAGCAAGAAACCUUUACCCUAGGACGACCCGUGCAUGACGCGCCCGAGAUGGAAUCGUGCAAACACUGCAAGAAGAACGUGCUGAAGUCCGGGGCGAAAGAACACAUCGCACAGUGUCUGCGGGUCAAGAAGGAAAAGGCUCUGCGGAAGAAGGAGGCGAGGGAAGCGAGGGAGCGCGCGAGGGAGGCGGCGAGAGAAGAGGCGAGGAGGGCGGAUGAAGAAGCGCAUGGCGGAAAGGGCGACGACGAUAGCGACGACGACGAUGACAAUAAGGGUGGGAAGACUUCGAAGGGAAAGAGCGAUGUUGGGAAGGGGAAGAAGCGGAAGGCUGAUGGGGAGGCGGAGAAGGGUCCGUCGAAGAAGAAGAAGAAGGAGGAAGUUAAACCCAAGGUUGCCAAACCGAGAGGACCUGUUGAUGUUGAACGCCAGUGUGGUGUUAUCCUUCCGAACGGCAUGCCCUGCGCGAGGUCGCUUACGUGCAAGAGUCACUCGAUGGGAGCGAAACGGGCUGUGCCUGGUAGAUCUCUACCAUAUGACAUGCUACUUGCCGCAUACCAGAAAAAGAAUCAGGCUAAGCAGCAAAAGGCGGCGCUGGAUGCAAACGCUCCUAUUGAGGACGAAGAUGAAAACGCCGGCCAGAUCGACUCGGACGAAGAAACAGCCAAUGUCAUGAACGCCCUAAGCCACUGGAAGCCCCAGCCUGUACUGCCGCCCGCCGUUCUCCAGCCUAUUAGGCGCACGUACCAGCUCGCGCGACUCCACGAGCAGCUCCAAAUGGCCACCAAUGGAGGCCGCACCAACAUCUUCAAAGUCGUCGGGUACGGUCCGCAGAAGCUUCCCGAUGGCAAUCUCAUGGAUAGCGAGGAUGCGCAGGGUGAGCCUGACACCGUGAUGUUCCCGACUCAUACUAGGACGCCGAGCUUUGGGAUGCAGGGGUCGCGUCGGCCAUCUGUUACUAGUAGGGGAUAA